UGUGGGAAAGCUUAAUCCAAAUUUGUACGUGCCACUCCGCGGUAAGUCCACGCCAUCGUUAGCGCACUUGAGCAAGCACCUCACCACACGGUCUGGCGAUCAAUUUUCAGUACCCGAUUCUUUGAACGUACGCGGAAUAAAACGGCCGUGGCUUGCAAAAUCGGGAAUUGAUUUCAAACGCGGUGUUGGCCUGGAUUGAGGGUGAUUGGCCCUGGAAUAACGGCUGUUAGAAACGUAAAGCGCCUUCGUAGCGGAAUUUGUUAAGCAUGGGUACACGUCACCGGAUGUGUACGACGGCUGGCCAUACGGGCCGAAUGGUGCUGCUUGUCACACUGUCGGUGAUGGCCUUAUUUGUGACCGUUGCCAACAGUGCCGCCGUAAUGUCGGUGGAUCUGGGCAGCGAAUGGAUGAAGGUGGGUGUCGUUUCACCGGGCGUUCCGAUGGAGAUUGCGCUCAACAAGGAAUCGAAGCGGAAAACACCGACAACCAUCGCGUUCCGCAACGGGGACCGCGUGUUCGGUGAGGACGCACAGACAUUGGGCGUUCGCUUUCCGACCAACAGCUUUGGCUAUUUGGUGGAUUUGAUCGGCAAAACGAUCGAUAAUCCGAUGGUGGAUUUGUACCGUAAACGUUUCCCGUACUACGACAUCGUGGAGGAUCCCGUACGACAUACGGUCGUUUUCCGUGCGGGUGAAGAACGGUACACAAUCGAGGAACUGAUCGCACAGCUUCUGCAGGUUGCGAAAACCUACGCGGAAGAUUCUACCGGACAGCCCAUUAGCGAGUGUGUACUGAUUGUGCCCGGAUUUUACGGGCAGGCCGAACGUACGGCACUGGUUUCCGCUGCACGGUUAGCGAAUCUGAAGGUGCUACAGCUCAUCAACGAUUACACGGCCGUUGCGCUCAAUUACGGCAUCUUCCGUCGAAAGGAAAUCAACGAAACGGCACAGUACUUCCUGUUUUACGAUAUGGGCGCGUACAAAACGUCCGCUGCAGUGGUCAGCUAUCAGCUGGCAAAGGACAAAGCUACACGGGAAACGCAUCCAGUGGUGCAAGUGCUUGGUGUUGGGUUCGAUCGCACCCUCGGUGGAUUGGAGAUGCAGGUGCGCCUCCGCGAUUACCUUGGCCAGGAGUUUAACAAGCUGGGCAAAACCAAAACGGACGUGUUUACCAAUCCGCGUGCGAUGGCAAAGCUGUUCAAGGAAGCGGGCCGGCUAAAGAACGUGCUCAGUGCCAACACGGAACACUACGCCCAGAUCGAGGGUUUGCUCGACGAGCAAGAUUUCCGAUUGCUGGUAUCUCGCGAACAGUUUGAAGGAUUGUGCAAAGAUUUGUACGACCGAGUAACCGCACCGUUGGAUAAGGCACUCGCUGCCUCCGGUUUGGCGCUGGAUGUAAUCAACCAGGUGGUACUGUUCGGCGGCAAUACACGUGUGCCGAAGGUGCAGGACAUACUGCGGUCGCACAUUGGGCAGGAGUUGGCAAAGAACCUGAACGCGGACGAAGCAGCCUGCAUGGGAGCCGUCUACCGGGCGGCGGAUCUAGCUACCGGCUUCAAGGUAAAGAAGUUCAUCACCAAGGAUGCGGUUCUGUUUCCGAUUCAGGUGGUGUUCGAUCGGGAGGGUGAAAGUGGCGCUACACGACAGGUACGCCGAACACUGUUCGGUUCGAUGAAUUCGUACCCCCAGAAGAAGGUUAUCACGUUCAACAAGCAUACGGAUGAUUUCGAGUUCACCGUACAGUACGCGGAACUGGACUCGGUACUGAGAGGCGAAACUGGAACGCUCGGUUCGGUGGAUUUGGCGCGCGUUAAGCUGAGUGAGGUUGCCAAAAAACUGAAAUCGAACGUAGUAGAGAAUGUUGAAUCGAAGGGUAUUAAGGCACACUUUAUGCUAGACGAUUCCGGCAUAUUCUCGCUUGCCAACGUUGAGUUGGUGCUGGAGAAAACGGUCACCAAGGAGGAGGAUGAGGACGAGAGCACAUUCCAGAAGAUUGGCAACACGAUCAGCAAACUGUUUUCGGGCGAUUCCACUGAUAAGCCGGCAGAGAAGGUAACGGAAGGUGGAGCGGAAAAGGAUGAAGAUGAAACGGCCGAUGGAAAGGAUGCGAAGGACGGCAAAGAAUCGGAGGAGCAGGAUAAACAGCCACCGAAGGACAAAGAAGCUGACGCAGCGAAGUAUGCAAAAUCGGACGGUAAGGAAGGUUCCACUGGCGGAGAGUCGGAGAAAAAGACCGACGAAGGUGCGGAUGCGAAAAAUGCGACCGUGAAACCAAAGAUUGUAACGCUGAAGGAGACGAUCCCGUCUAAGGUGGAGCUUACGUAUGUGGUACCGCUCGAGGGCGAUCUGUUCGAUGCGUCCGCCAAACGUAUGGCCGCGCUGGAUGAGGUGGACAAUGCGAAGAAACGUCGCGAAACGGCACUGAAUGCGCUGGAAAGCUUCGUGAUCGAUGCGCAGGUCAAGAUGGACGAGGAGGAGUAUGCAUCAUGUGCCACGGAGGACGAGAUCGCUUCCAUCCGGCAACGUUGCGGUGAGAUUUCCGAGUGGCUGUACGAGGACGGUUCUGAUGCCGAUGCGGACACGUACGAGAAAAAGCUAGAGGAGUUGCGUACGGUGGCGAACGAGGUGUACGCACGGCACUGGGAGCAUGAGGAGCGACCCCAAGCAUUGAACGCACUGAAACAGAUGAUAAACGGUUCCGAAGGGUUCCUGCGCAAUGCUCGCAACCUGACGAAGGAUAGCAACCCGGAGAAGGAUGUGUUUACGGCGGUGGAGAUUGAAACGCUCGAGAAGGCGAUCCGCAGCACGAUCGAGUGGCGUGAUGCGGAGGUGGCCGAGCAGGAGAAGCUUGCUCGGAAUGUGGCGGUACGGCUGACGGUGAAGGACAUUACCGAUCGUAUGGGAAUGCUGGACCGUGAGGUGAAGUAUUUGGUGAACAAGUUGAAACUAUGGCGCCCGAAGGUGAAACCAACACCACCACCAAAACCGGAGAAAACGGCUAAGGAAGGUGAGAAGGAAGAAACAUCGGGUGAGGAAAAAUCUGACGACCCGGUACUGGAACAAACGCCAGCAAAGGAUGCAACCGAAUCGGGCAGUUCGGAAGACGGUAACGGGGCAACGGUGGAGGACAUUGAACCGACUGCAACGCGAAAGGAGCACGAGGGUGAAGAAGGUGAUCAUACGGAACUGUAAAGGCAACUGGAGUAGAGGGUAGCCUAGGUUUAGCACAAUUCGAAGCACGUGGUCUAAUUCACCAACACAUUGGUAUUUCAUUUGUUGAAGCAUCUUUAAACUCACCCCUCCACGUUCCAUAUUGCCACUCGACCAAGAUUAAUAGAAAGGCAGCCCCGUAUUUAUUUUCACCCAUUAGCGAAAAUUGUCCAGCAAAGAGUAGCGAGGAGCAAGCUGCUCAACAAAGAACCUCCCUUCUGUAUCGGUCACCUUCCCGUGCGAUGAUCAUUCCUUGCGGUUUGCUUACGAUGGAUAGUGAGAAGGAUGAGACUGCUGUCCUGAUCCUGGUAAUAGGUCCUUGUCCUGAGUUUUUGGUAAUAAUAGUCUUUGUAGAUGCUAUGUAGGAGGCGAACAGACAGAAUGUAGGGAACAAUAGAUUGGCUAUGUGUGCACCAAGUUAGAGAAAAUGGCCACGAUGUACUCGUUUUUUUUCACGGUGAGCAUUAACUAAAAUUGCAAGAACUGAAUCAAGCGCCGUUUUGAAGGCUUGUAGGCAAUACGUGAUGGCGCAGCAGGAUGUUUUUCUUUUUUGGUAAAAGUAUGUGAAUACAGUCCAGACAGCAAAACCCCACUAAGCGGCAGGCGGGACGACGACGUAGGAGAACGGAUAACAUACACAAUCGACAUUUACUCUAAGUAACGCUGCACGGCUGUGGGAUGCGUAGCGUUGAAUAUCGAUCGUUAGCUGAAAAAUGGUGAUAAAGUAUAGCGAACUUAAG